GUAGUUACUGUCUGUAUCUUUAUUCUGAACAGUUACUAGUAUCAUUAUUUUAUAAUUUUUAUGACAAGAAGUUACCAUAAAGAUAAUGUUUAAAAUUUGUUAAUUAGUACAGGUCUACACUGCACGAGCAAUUCGCAAAAGAAAUUGCAAACAGUGCUGUUGCAUAUUAUAUAAUGUUGUACAUCUAGGAUCUUCGUAUCAGUCCUGGUAGUAUUGUCCCACUGUUGGGCACGGGCUUCCACGACUGAGAGGUUAGGACUUGCGGCUAUCGGGUUGGCUCAUUACGAGUUGGUACGGUCACUUUGAAACUCUUAUGAAGGGAUUAGAGCUCUUGAUAUUAUGCCCGUGGACCUCGUAUUUUUCUUAAUUAAAAAAAACUUAAUAUAUUGAUAUGAUGAUAUAUUUAAACAAAUUAUACGGAAUAAUUGAGUAGAUUUGAAUAUAACACUAAAAACCUCACUAACUAAAUAAUCUAUCAUAUAAAACAUUUUUAAAUUCAUGUAUAGCUUUAAACUUAACGGUAUUUUUAUUGACUUCAUUUACAUCGCAUAAUUACAUAUUCUUGUUUACUUUUGCCAUUCGAAUAUCAAAUAAAAACAGAGUUAUUAGGACAACAUAUUUGUACUUUUCCUUUCGUAGACUAUACCCAAUAUUAUUUUCACUACACCUGGUAUAAUAUUUGUGGAUGAGUCAAUGCUUGCUUCAUUAUAAUCUUCGAUCACUUUUUUGAAGAUGAAUGUUAUUAUAUUUUAAUAAUUAAAUUAAUAGAGACGUUUACAUUGUUUGCAAAUUAUAUUGAAAACAUGUGUAGUAUUUUUAGUUUCUGACUAAAAAACGUAUCUAAAUAUCAUAGAUCCAGUGUGGAAAAAAUGCAUCCGUUGUAUAAAUAAUAGAAUGGCCGUAAAUUAUUUAGAAUGAUUAGAAUGCUGUGUACAAGGUUAUGUUUAUUGUUCAGUGGUUAUUGUGGGGAUUUGAGAAAUAGGUUUUCGUACACUUUAAAAAUGGCUCUACUAGAAAAAGUUUAUGUCGUAUGGUUAGUAAAAGAGUGAGCCAAGUGGAAAGCGUAGGAGAUUGAUAGUAGCCCGGUCUUCCCACAUUUUAGUCUUUAAUUUUAAAGAUAUAUUGAACUCUAGAAUAGACCACGAUUCUAGAGUUGUACUGGCGUUGCCAAUUCUUCUCCCGAUUUAUUCGUUGCACCUAUGAUGAUUAUCAGGUCUCUAUUUACGUCUCCUUAUUCUAUACAAAUGAUAUCAUUUAGCGAAGCCUGCCUAGUAAUAGGCAAGCGGAGUCACGGCAGGUCGCUAGUUCUUGCUACACUGCGCUGGCGUCGGCGCGGUCAAGGCCGCCGCGUCACCUUGUGCUGACCCGCGCCGGUCGUUGAUCAAACAUUCUAUUGUUUACAAACGUAAAAAAUAAUAAUUUGAAUUGAGCUUUUGACGUAGACGUAUACUAUCAAAGUAUAUUGUGUAAUACGCAAGAAUUGUUGAGAUUUUUUGCAACUUUCCUGGAGAUGAAUACCGCCCAUGGGAUAGAGGUCUCUGUCAUAUUGAAUAAAUAAUAUAUUUGACUAUGCCCUUUAUUUCUUCCAUACCGCGGACUUACGUAGUUAUUGAAACUCGUUCUUCGACAAGACGGUAAUUGUUUAAUUAAUUAGACAGGCCCCAAAACCAGAACUAGCCCAGAGCCCACCAACUGUCGGUGCGUACUUUAAUUCAUGAAGUGCUGUAGGAAUAAUCCGCAUUAGAAUAGAGGGCAGUGUACCUAGUUAAUGGUGCAGGUCAGACUAUAUCUUAUCAUUCCUUUCUUAUAGAAAACAAAAGAAUAAAUAAAUACACAACUGUGACAGUCGCACUGUUAUCUCUUAUCAGAUUUAUUAGAGCAGACAGUUAUUGGAAAGUUUCCGAUAAAACAUUAUAAGUAAGUACUUACUCCAAAUAUAAGAACGCGGAUAAAAUAAUUAUUAAGUUAUAUAAGUAAUUGCUAUUUUAUAGUUAACGAAAAAUUAUAAGAAAUAUAAGGGGUUCCAACUUUCGUAAGUAAUCAGCCAUUGAAAAGUAAAAAAAAAUGUAUUUAUAUUCUCGGCUGAAAUAAGUUUUUUUUUUAUUCAGAGUAGCUUCUUUAGAAUUCCAAUAUUACCCUCAUUUUAAUGUAAGAUACUACUUAAAUUUAUUUGCAAAAUUACUUUAAUAAACAUUUGCUCACUUUUUAUUUUAAGGUGCACGUUUUAUUAAACCUUGAUAUUUCCAUUAGGAAAAUACAUAUUUGCGGUGGGAUAGUCCUCAUUUUACAGAAUAUACCUCUCUAUAUUACGUCUUUGUUAGUUUUUUUUUUAAUUAUUUAUCCGAAUUACUUAGAACAAGGAGUUCGCGCCACAUUCACGUGAUAUUAGAAGCAGUACGAUUGCAAAAAACAGUAGUAAAACAAAGCAACGCUUUGGUACUUUUCCAAUAAUAAGCAUCAUUUUAAUAACAUGCUUGUAACAGUUAAAUAUAUGAAUAUGCAAAUUAUACAUAUAAAGAUAAUGAAACUGAAGUGGCUUACAUUUUAAUAUGACUCAAGGCAGGACGAUGACCCCAGUUCGGUUUUUCGAAGUGGAUAUAUUAAUUAGUAUUAACUCAUAUUGCUAGCUCACCGUAUAUUAAAUUAACUACAUGUACCUAUCAAUUGGAUACUGUAACCUUUGCCGUACACACAUAGACCAUAUUAUAUAGAAAGAGAGUAUGGCCAUCAGCACAGUAAGCGCGGCGGUUGCGGCUGCGCUGCAGUUCUUCGCAUCCUCGCAGUUCUUCCUCACGGAACCAUGGCCAAGAGAUGCUAAUAUAUACAAUGGUUCGAGAUAUGACUUCAUAGUUGUGGGUUGUGGUACGGCCGGCUCGACAGUAGCUGCACGACUGGCAGAGGUGGCCAACUUCUCUAUAUUGGUACUGGAGGCUGGAGGGAACCCGCCCCAAGAGAGCAUUAUACCAGAAUUUAAGAAUGCUCUCAAGGCUAGCAAGUAUGACUGGAAUUUAACAACUGUAAAUAAUAUGCGGACGAGUCAAGCCCUCACCGGCGGAGUUGAGCGACAGCCGCGCGGCAAGAUGCUCGGCGGCAGCGGCUCCAUCAACGACAUGAUCUACGCGCGAGGGUUCCCGCAGGACUACCAGGAGUGGGCCAGCCUUAUCGGCAACAAGUGGAAUUGGCAGAACGUGCUUAGGGCCUUCAAGAAAACCGAAAAUAUGACCGAUGUCAAUAUCAUAAACAAUCCUUAUUUCAUGCAGUACCAUAGCCAAGAUGGUGAAAUAGAAGUCGCGGGCUUUAAAGACACCACACUGGCCAUUGAAAAGUUUUUGGAAGCCUUCAACGAGCUAGGAUUUGAUAUAGUUGAUGACAUGACUAAUCCGUAUAAGAUUGGGGUCGGGCGAUUCUCACACACCAUACAAGAUGGCAAAAGGCAUAGUUCUCUAACAGCCCUUCUUAAUAAAAUAACAACACCAAACUUAUUCCUCCUGAAAUACGCGACGGUGAACAAAGUUUUGAUUGAAAACAACACAGCGGUUGGCGUCAGCGUUAUGAUUAACAACCAAGAGUAUGUAUUCUAUGCCAAUAAUGAAGUUAUUGUCUCAGGAGGAACGUUUAAUACUCCUAAAAUAUUACAGUUGUCCGGGAUAGGCCCGAGAGAACAUCUCGAGUCUCUAGGCAUAAAGGUGGUCCAGGAUCUACCUGUUGGCGACAAUUUGCAAGAUCAUACCAUGGUGUUGACAUACCUGGCAGCUGACAACGGCACUUGCGCGCAAGACGAUGCGCUGAACUCAUUGAAUAUGAUAAGAUACCUUUACGAUAGAACAGGGACACUGUCUAAGUCAGAAAGUAUGGCCGCCUACUUACCACUGAGUAACGCGGAGCCAAACCUACCGGAAUUUGCUUUUUACCCAGUGUGUAUCCCGCAGGGCCCUGGCUUCAGCGAGGGUUGUUCGAUCAUCGGCUUCAAUGAGGAUCUCUGUGCUACAUUAACCUCAACUAACUUGAACUACGAAUUACUCUCUAUAGCCGUGGUACUGCUGAAGCCUAAAUCCAGAGGGGAAGUGAGGUUGAAUUCAAUUGAUCCUUUGGACGAUCCAUUAAUUUACGCUGGUACCUUCAACAACUCUGAAGACUUGGAACAUUAUCCCAGACUAAUCAAAUUAGCCAGAUCGUUAGUAAACACCACAUAUUUCAAGAGUAAGAAUGCUCAUGUGGUAGACGUUAGGCUGAAACAAUGUGACGGUUUGGAAGGCGAUGAUGAGUUGAAGUGCAUAGCGACGGCCAUGGCAAUGACGGCGUGGCAUCCCGUAGGCACGGCUGCUAUGGGUUCUGUUGUCGAUUGUAAUCUGAAAGUUAUAGGAGUGGAGGGUUUGAGGGUGGUGGACGCCAGUGUGAUGCCGACAGUAGUAAGAGGUAACACUAACGCGCCGGCCGUGAUGGUGGCCGAGAUAGCCGCUGAGACCAUCAAACAGCAUUAUUUGGGAUGGUGCUGAAGUAGAUAAAAUAUACCUGUAUUGUUAUCAAAGACACUGUCUAAACAGAUCAUUUUAUGUAAUGGACUUUUUUUUUCUCACUAAGUCUCUGGUUUUCAAUCGCUGGCGAUUGGCCGAUGCUGGUAUCGGUAACCAAAAGUUACUAGAUUUGUGUACUUACUGCUUUAGUUUAUGUCAUCCUGGUACUAAGAAUCUGGAUGCACCUUUGUUUUGCAAACAGUAUUUUUCUGUUCUAUUGUCCGUCUUGUCAAAUUCUAUUCAUGUUAUAAUUUACGAGUUUUUAAUAAAAUAAAUUGUUUUGUAAAUAUUUU